AUGUUUGGAACAAUUUCUGAAGAGAUUGAAGUUCAUGUGCCAGCAAAUGAAGCUUGGAAGAUCUAUGGCACUAUUCAAUUAGCAAAUAUUGUUGUAAAAGAGCUUCCGAAUAUCGUUCACAAGGUCGAUAUACUUGAAGGUGAUGGUGUUGGAUCAGUCCUCAACGUAACAUUUCCACCAGGCACUCCGCUUUUGACAUCUCACAAAGAAAAAUUUGUUGUUAUUGAUGAUGAGAAGAGGGUGAAAAUAGCACAAGUAGUGGAAGGUGGACUUCUUGAUCUUGGAUUUACACUUUAUAAGGUUAAGUUUGAAGUCAUAGAGAAGGAUAAAGAAAAAUGCAUCACAAAAACAACAAUUGAGUAUGAAGUCAAGGAAGAGGCAGCUGCUAAUGCCUCAUUUGUUAGCAUUCAACCCUUUGUGGCCAUAAUGAAUUUGGUUGCAAAGUCUCUAACUCAAGGCAAAGAUGAUCAGUCAUCAACCUGA